GAUGCCAUAAGCAGGAGAAGGACAUAAAAUAUUUAACUUAAAAGAUGAUAUUUUUACUCGGGACAAUCUACCUUCUUGGAGUUCAAGUGUAUGAGGGAUCUUGUUUAGAGGUUCAGUACAAUGGAGACAAAGUUUUUAAAAUCACUCCAGAGACAUCAGAACAUGCAAAAUAUCUGCAAACAUUGACAAAUGAAUGGCUGCUUGACCUGUGGAAGCCAAAAACAGUUGAGCAGAUCCAUGAAGGAAGAGAUAUUCAUGUCCGAAUCCCAUUUGCUUACGUGGAACAGAUGAAGGAAAAUCUUCUUCAGCAUUCUGUUCCUUAUGAGGUUAUUAUUGAAGAUAUUCAGAAACUUAUAGACAGCAAUUCUGUGAGUGCACCCAAAACUGAAAAAGCAUCUUUAGAAAAUUAUGACUAUACAAAAUAUCAUCCAAUGGACGAGAUUUAUAACUGGAUGGACCUGAUGAAAGAAAAACACAGUGAAAUUGUAUCACAGCAUUAUAUUGGAUGCACAUAUGAACUGCGACCAAUGUACUAUUUAAAAAUUGGUUGGCCAUCAGACAAGCAAAAGAAAAUAUUUUUCAUAGACUGUGGAUUUCAUGCACGUGAAUGGAUUUCUGUGGCUUUCUGCCAGUGGUUUGUAAAUGAGAUUGUUUCAAAUUACAAAACUGAUGCCAUUCUGGCCAAUGUCCUCAAGCAAGUAGACUUUUAUGUGUUACCGGUGUUGAAUGUUGAUGGAUAUAUUUACACCUGGACAACGGACCGCUUGUGGAGAAAGAAUCGUUCACCACAUGAAAAUGGGACUUGCUAUGGAGUCGACCUAAAUAGGAACUUUAACUCUCAAUGGUGCUCUAUUGGAGCUUCCAGGGACUGUAGAAGCAAUAUAUUUUGUGGUCCAGAGGCAGAAUCUGAACCUGAAACCAAAGCACUGGCACGCCUCAUUGAAAAGACUAAAUCUGACAUAUUAUGUUACCUCACAAUUCAUUCCUAUGGGCAGAUGAUUCUACUUCCAUAUGGUUACAAAAAGGACCCAUCCCCACACCACAAAGAAAUGAUGUUAGUUGCAGAGAAGGCAGUAGCUCAAAUGAAAGAAAAACAUAACAAUGAGUAUGUAUAUGGAUCUUCAGCUCUCAUAUUGUAUGAGGAUUCUGGCUCUUCAGGGGACUGGACUGUUGAAAUUGGAAUAAAAUUAUCUUACACAUUGGAACUUAGGGAUAAUGGCACCUAUGGCUUUCAGCUCCCUCCUGAUCUGAUCAAGCCUACAUGUGAAGAAACUACUACCGCUGUCAUGUCCAUGGUGGAAUAUAUAAAUGAAGAAUACCUUGAGAGCAAUGCAGUGACAAUCACCUCUUUGUGGUUGAAUGUGUUUCUAUCAUUUAUAGUGUGCAUCUACUAUGGUAUUGCUAAAUAACCCUAUAACAAUUAAAAUGAUCCUUUAGAAAUAAUAUUGUAUACAACAUAUUGUAUUAUUAAAACCAGACAAAGACA